AACUGAUUAUUUCUCCAGCUCGGCAAGAGAGAGUCCGUUUGGGAUUGUGGGAGAGAGAGAGAGAAAAGAGGGAGGAAAAAAAAGAGGAGGAGGGAAGGCAGAAGGAAGAGAAGCCUCGCCGGGCGUGGAGUUUUUGAAUCCUCCCUUCCCUGCCUCUCUCCUCUCCCCCCUCCCCUCCUUCCUGCGAUCCGUGAUGUUACAAAGCCCGUGAGCUGUGCUUUCCCCAUUCGCCUCCUGUCACUUCCUUCCUGGACGCUCUCAGGACGAGUCCGCUUACUUUUAAUCCGACCAGCAGCACGGGCACUUGCGCCUGCUGCACGCUUAGGGACACACACGACCGCCGCCGCCGCCGCCACCACCACCAGCAGCAGCGCCACCAGCGCCACCACAGAGCUCCUGGCGGUUCAUUGGAUUGAUUUUCAAGGUUGUGUGUCUGUAUGCGCGCGCUGUUGUGCGCGCGCGCGCCCGUGUGCAUGUGUGGUUAAACGAGGCUGCGUGUUGGACCAGGUGGAGAACAUCUUACAAGGCUGGAAGAAUUAAAAGCUUUUUCCCUCCGUUCCUUUUCCUCCUCCUUCUCCUCCUCCUCCCCCCCCUGCUCUAUUCAAUCACUUCUCUUUCUCUCCCUUGUUUCUCAAGAAGAGGAAAAAAGAUCUCUCAAGGACUCGUCUGAUCAUCCAAACAUUUGCGAUGAACGGAUGCAGGGGUCUGUGAAUUGAAUUGUGUAAGUGCUGAAGAAGGAGUCUUGGUUUGAGGAAACAGGAAAGAGGAAGGAAAGAGAAGAAGAAAAUACAGAAGUGUAGAAACGAACGAAAGAAGAAAAACGGGGACUAUGGGGAGAAAAAAGAUUCAGAUCACGAGGAUAAUGGAUGAACGUAAUAGGCAGGUGACUUUUACGAAGAGGAAAUUUGGGUUAAUGAAGAAGGCUUAUGAGUUGAGUGUUCUAUGCGACUGUGAAAUUGCUCUCAUAAUAUUCAACAGCACCAAUAAACUUUUCCAGUAUGCCAGCACUGAUAUGGACAAGGUGUUGCUGAAGUAUACAGAAUACAAUGAGCCGCAUGAGAGUCGAACGAAUUCAGAUAUUGUCGAGACGUUGAGAAAGAAAGGACUUAAUGGGUGUGACAGUCCAGAUCCCGAUGCAGAUGAUUCAGCAUUGAACAAGAAAGAAAACAAAGGCUGUGAAAGCCCUGAUCCAGACUCCUCUUAUGCCCUCACCCCACGCACUGAAGAAAAAUAUAAAAAAAUUAAUGAAGAGUUUGAUAAUAUGAUCAAGAGCCAUAAAAUUCCUGCUGUUCAACCACCUAACUUUGAGAUGCCAGUUUCUAUCCCAGUGUCCAACCACAACAGCUUGGUAUACAGCAACCCAGUUAGUUCAUUGGGUAACCCCAACCUUUUGCCUCUGGCCCACCCUUCCUUACAGCGGAAUAGCAUGUCUCCUGGGGUGACACAUAGACCACCAAGUGCAGGUAACACAGGUGGCCUGAUGGGUGGGGACCUCACAACCGGUGCAGGCACCAGUGCAGGGAAUGGGUAUGGCAACCCUAGGAACUCCCCAGGUCUGCUGGUCUCACCUGGCAACUUGAACAAGAAUAUGCAAGCAAAAUCACCACCACCCAUGAAUUUGGGAUUGAACAAUCGUAAACCAGACCUCCGAGUGCUGAUUCCACCGGGAAGCAAGAACACAAUGCCAUCUGUGAAUCAAAGGAUAAAUAACUCUCAGUCUGCUCAGUCAUUGGCUACUCCGGUGGUUUCCGUGGCAACUCCUACUUUACCAGGGCAAGGGAUGGGAGGAUACCCGUCAGCCAUUUCAACAACAUAUGGUACCGAGUAUUCGCUAAGUAGUGCAGAUUUGUCAUCAUUGUCUGGCUUUAACACAGCCAGUGCUCUCCACUUGGGUUCAGUAACUGGCUGGCAGCAGCAACAUCUACACAACAUGCCACCAUCUGCCCUCAGUCAAUUGGGAGCUUGCACUAGCACUCAUUUAUCUCAGAAUACAAAUCUCUCCCUGCCUUCUACUCAAAGCCUCAACAUCAAGUCCGAACCUGUUUCUCCUCCUAGAGACCGUACCACCACGCCAUCGAGAUAUCCACAGCACACGCGCCACGAGGCGGGAAGAUCUCCUGUUGACAGCUUGAGCAGCUGUAGUAGUUCCUACGAUGGAAGCGACAGGGAAGAUCACCGAAAUGAAUUCCACUCUCCCAUUGGACUCACCAGACCUUCGCCGGACGAAAGGGAAAGUCCCUCCGUGAAGCGCAUGCGGCUCUCUGAAGGAUGGGCAACAUGAUAACUUUACUAGCUAUUAGAGGUUUUUUUUUCCUUGCAGUGCGUGUGUGUGCUAUACCUUAAGGGGAAAGUGGGAGGGGGGUCAAUAUGCAUUAUAUGUGCUGUGUGUGGGGAGGGGGGGAAAGUCAGGUACUCUGUUUUGUAAAAGUACUUUUAAAUUGCCUCAGUGAUACCAUAUUAAAAAAGAUAAACAGCAAUGCUGAAGAGAUGCUUCGCACUUGAGUUGUACAACAGAUCACUUGUACAAAAUAGGUUUUAAGGUUAACUUCUUUUUACUGUUGUGCUCCCUUGCAAAAUGUAUGUUACAAUAGAUAGUGUCAUGUUGCAGGUUCAACGUUAUUUACAUGUAAAUAGCCAAAAACAGGGGGAAAAAAGAGGAGGCAUUUGCCCAAUCCUGGGCAAAUCUUUACUGAGAGAGAAAGUGGCUGUUAUG